UCCGGUAGUGUUAAGUAUAUUUACUCUACCGACAGCUUUCUGAAGAGAUUGAUUUAUGCUUUGUUGAUGAGAAAAAUAAAAACAAAAACACAACACUUUAAGUUAGAAAGCUUUCAAAAGUAUUUGAUAUUUACAGUUUCCCCUCGGGGACAGUGAAUUAGAUCUUAGCACUUCAUUUUAACGGCUGUGUAAGUUGAGCUGAAAAUUUUUUCCUGAAAUGAAGUGAUCUAAAAUAAGCCUAGGACCACAACUCAGUUUCACCUCAGAUUAAUUGUAAAUAACAGUUUUACUAGUUGAACAUUAACUCCAAAUCUUGAAGGAUUCUUUUCCAACUCUGUCCGCCACCCACUGCCAAAAUGCUGUCAUUUCAACUUCACAGAAAUAAGUAAGGCCUCAUGGAGGAGUGUUUAUCAAAAUACUGAAAAUGUUUCCAGGCAGAAGAAAUCCAAGUUAACUUUUCACCACCUAAACAUCAAUGUGACUAAUGUUGCAAGAGAUUGAAGAAGUGUUUAGAUAUAUGAAAACCAUGUUUGUAAAAAUUGUCUUGGUUAAUACUAAAAGCAGAGCUAAUCUCUCCUUCUACCCCGAGGCUUUAUAGCAUGAAAAAAUAAUGGUGUAGAAAUACUAACUUCUCACCCCCAAUAAGAAAUAACAUGUUUAAAAAUGUCAUCAGACGCUCAGAACUAGGCUCGCUGCGCUCGCUGUCGCCAAGCGCCGGCCCGCUGAAGCGGCGCCCUCGGUUCCCAGCCAGAGACGGUCGGGACCGCCACAUCUGCGGCCCCAGGGCGGUGGCGGUGGGAAAGAUGAAGAGCGAAAUUGCUGCUGUUGUCUUCUUUUUCACAAGGCUAGUUCGAAAACACGACAAGUUGAAAAAAGAGGCAGUUGAGAGGUUUGCUGAGAAAUUGACUCUUAUACUUCAAGAAAAAUAUAAAAAUCACUGGUAUCCAGAAAAACCAUCAAAAGGACAGGCCUACAGAUGCAUUCGUGUCAAUAAGUUUCAGAGAGUUGACCCUGAUGUCCUGAAAGCCUGUGAGAACAGCUGCAUCUUGUACAGUGAUCUAGGCUUACCAAAGGAACUCACUCUGUGGGUGGAUCCAUGUGAGGUGUGCUGUCGGUAUGGAGUGAAAAACAAUGCAUUCAUUGUUGCCAGCUUUGAAAAUGAGGAUGAGAAUAAGGAUGAAAUCUCCAAGAAAGUUACCAGGGCCCUUGAUAAGGUUACCUCUGAUUAUCAUUCAGGAUCCUCUUCUUCAGAUGAAGAAACAAGUAAGGAAGUAGAAGUGAAACCCAGUUCCAUGACUGCGACCCCAAGUCCUGUGUACCAGAUUGCAGAAUUGAUGUUCCCACCUCUUCCAUUGUGGCACCCUUUGCCCAGAAAAAAGCCAGGAAUGUACCGAGGGAAUGGUCAUCAGAAUCACUAUCCUCCUCCUAUUCCAUUUGGUUAUCCAAAUCAGGGAAGAAAGAAUAAACCUUAUCGCCCAAUUCCAGUAACAUGGGUACCUCCUCCUGGAAUGCAUUGUGACCGGAAUCACUGGAUUAAUCCUCACAUGUUAGCACCUCAUUAGCGGCUUUUGAUUCUGUUGGUGUCAGUGUUGAGAGAAGGUAGAAUAAGGCUGACCACAUUAAAAGUUAAAAAUUCAUACUCAUAGUAGUAAAGUUAGAUGGGCCAAACCGUCAAACUUAUUUUUAUAGAAAAGUUAUUGAUAAUAAUCUUUCUUAAAAAAUAUAUAUGCACUUUAGAUAUAUUGAUAUAGUUUGAGAAACUUUAUUAAAGUUAGUCAAGUGCCUGAGUUUUUAAUAUUGGACUUGAGUAUUUAUAUAUUGUGCAUCAAUUCUGUUGGAUACAAGAACACUGUAGCAGCAGACGAUCUGUUCUAGCACUUUUGAGCAUUUACUUUAUGGAGAGUAUGUAAGUUAUUUAUACACAGGAAAUCUAUUUUAUGUCAUUGUUUAGAAGAAUUGCGUGAAAUCACGUAGUUGCAAAUAAAAAGUAGUUUGAGGCAAAAAAAAAAAGUCAUCAUAUUCUUUUGGGAAAUUUUUCUAAGAAUGGAAAUCUCCAGUGAGUGAGACGUGUUUCAAAAUACAUGGUGAGUUAGUUGAUUAGAAUAUUUAAGGUAAUUCUCCUUGGAGUUACUUUCUGAGUAAAGAGAAUGACAAUAUACUGGCUUUUACAAAGGGACUUUUUAAUCCAGCAAAUACUGGAUUUUGGCAUCAGACAAAGCUCUGCUCAGUUUCCAACUCUGCUACCAAGUUGUUUAAAUUUGAGAAGUUGUUUCAAACUCUCUAAAAGGAGAAGAGCAAGAGAAGAAAAAGGAACAGAGAAGAACUACAACAGCCAGAAAACACUGAACAA